AUGCCCAAGCAGGCAGCUCCUGACUUUAGACACCCAUCUGAAAGCGUCUCAGACGCGCAGGAACACCAGGAACACCUGCCAGCCAGCCCUCAGACCGGCUCACCCAACGCAGUAACGAUGCCCAAGGACGACGCUAAUACAGGCGAGGCCUUACGGCUACUGCUCCCGCGGUAUCGGCCGGAGGGGGCCAGCAGCGGGUUGUGCCCUCAAAGCGAGGCCUCGCCGCUCGCAACAUCCCCGAACGCUUGGUGCGGCCCGCGACAGCCGCACCUGAACGCCAAGCAGCGGCGCGCAGCAAAGCGACGGGCUCGUUUCCACGUGCCACACGGGCGAACAUCUCUAAUAGAGGAAGAAGCUAGGGCCUGCGACGACCUGGCGCCGCCCCUUAGGGAAAGAUUCUCAGACCCGGUUGAGAUACAUCGAAGUCUAUCGGCUAUCCCCGUCCAUCCUCCCCCAACCCAUCUCCUCAAACCCCGCCCGCACACCGCAUACGACCCGUUGAUCUGCGACUUCAUAUCCCUCCUGAAGAGUAAGAAUGUCAGCUGUGCGCUCUGCGCCUUCUAUAAGCGGGGACGGAUAGCAGAGACGCAUAAGCUGAAGAGGUGCUCACAUCAGGCGGAAUCAUCGGAAGCCCAGGGCUGGUUAACAAUGUUCCGGUCGUACCGUGCCCGCGGCGGCGGCAAGGGGGCGCGGUGCCACGCCUGUCGGUUCCCGCUAACGCUCUGUUGGCGGACGGUCUACCGGGAACAAAUGGACGAGUGGUACGGCAAUGAGCAAGAGGCGCUGGAGAGGGAGGAUAUACUAUGUAAGGAGGUACAAUGCGUAUGGGUAAAGGCCGUGCAGCGGUUUGUUACAGCAUGCAUGAUCGUAGAAGGCAUUGGUGCUGGUACCGGCGUGAGCACCCUGGGUGCAAUGGUCCUGGAGGGUGAUGGGCUGGUCGGACUGGUCGGUUUACCCUCCCUGAAGCGGACCUGCCUCAAACACGAGAUAUUCAAUGCUUACCUGUCAACAACGCAAGAGAUCAGGAAACUACCUAGUACCAAGAAAUACCUCCUCACCUCCCCAUCGCCCAACCCUACAGGAGCGAGCGUUCCGACCAGGAGGAGCAGCAGGAACGAGCGCGACACGCUUCACAUCAGCAAUCUACCCCUCCUAACCAGCAUGGACAGGCUCCCCGCGGAGAUCGUCGACCUCAUCUUCCGGAACAUCGCUAGCCCUGGAACCGGCCUGCGUCACAUCGCCCCGUUCCUCCGAUGUGGUCGACGAUGGUUCGAACACGCCGUCCCCUUCGUCUGGAAGAGAGUGUGCCUCCUGGCCAUUACACAAGAGUGUAUAGACAAUAAGAGGAGGGCCCUGUAA